GCUAGUUGCCUCAUGUCACAAUUUAUCAUAAUAACUUUUAAUUCAAAUAUUAUUCUGUACAAGGGUCCGAAAUAUAUAAACUUCAAUAAAUAUAAAUAAGGGAUUGCUGUAAAAAUUCAACUGAAACCCGUUAAUUUUUUACUUUUUUUUCUCUUGACUGAAAACACCGUCCGCCAUGUUUCUACGUCACCAAUAUUGUAAACAACAAAACGUCAAACACUAGUUUCAGGUUAUUCGUGGUCUUUCAUAUAAACGCCUUGUUUUCACAUAAAAAUCUUGUACAGUUCGCAUUUAUUAAAAAAUUAUCAUGGAUCCUGGGUUUGUGAAAGCAGAAAGCACAAAUCUGCCCAAAAUCGACACACUAAUGGUUGCAAAUUUUUUUGCUUUAAAUCCUGAUUUCUGCUCAGCUGAGCUAAGGAAUGUUAAGAUAACUAAGUCUGCAGGUGAAUCAUAUGGUGAUGAUGCAAUUGGUUAUGUUCAACUUAAAAGGGAAAGUAAAAUCUGCACUGUGAAAUGUAAAAUGUGUCCUGAACAUAAGGUGCGCUCUAAGCAGUAUACAGUUUCAGCAGUCAUUGAUGAAGAAAAAGAAGAGAUUAUUAGUGUUCUUUGUCAAGAUUGUCCAGCUGCAGCAGGGGGCUGCAAACAUGCUGUUGCAUUUUUAAUGUGGUUGCAUCGUCGCAGUGAAGAGCCAUCUUGCACAUCAGUAGAAUGCUACUGGAAAAAAUCUAAUCUGUCAAAAGUCGGCAGCACAAUUAAAGUGUUAACUGCAAAAGAAAUGUGCAAAAGAAAACAUCAGGUUCCGGAACCAGAUACCAGUGUUAUGGAGGAAUUUUUAAUUGAAUGCAAAAACCGAAAAAUUAAAUCAUGUCAGUUUAUCAAGCAUGUUGGAGAUUAUGAAGAUGAAAAAUUGAUAUUAUCUUUACAUUAUUUAGUUAAUACAUACAAAGAACAGACUUGUGACAGUUUUCUUUCAAAAACUAAACAUCUCUUCAAUGAAGAAAAUAUAAAGUCUGCAGAAAUACAAACCAGAAAUCAAAACAAAAGUUCUCUCUGGUUUGAGCUUCGCUAUGGUAGAGUAACAGCCUCAAAAAGCUUUGAAGUUAGUCGGUGCAGAACACAUGAUGGUUCUUUGGUUGCAAAGAUUUUUGGUGCAAGGUCUGUGUUGACGGCUGCAAUGAAACGAGGCCAAAAGCUGGAAGAAAAAGUCCGAGAGGUUGUUGAAAAAAAAUUGGGAUUAAGGUUUGCAAAAUGUGGCCUCUUUAUUUCUGAUGAAUACCCUAUGAUCGCUGGUUCACCAGAUGGAAUAAGUACAAAGGGAAUUAUUGAAAUUAAAUGCCCCUCUAAUGAAAAAAAUAGAGAAUAUUACAUUAAAAAUGGACAAUUAUCAGAGAAAUGUUUAGCUCAAGUCCAAAUUCAGAUGUAUUGUGUAAAAGCAAAAUUAACAUAUUUUUGUGUUGCUGGCAGUGAUUUCGAAAAUACUAAGGAGGUGACGAUAUUACCUAUAUGUUAUAAUGAACUAUAUGUAAAAAAACUUAUUGAUCAGAUAGUACCAUUCUGGUCACAACAUAUUUUUCCUAAACUAUUUGAAAGUGUAACUCAAUAAUAAAUCAUUUAACUCUUAGUAUUAGCUUUAUUGUUUUUACCUAUUUGUAAGUCUAGUAUUAAGACAAAAAUACUCA